AUGACAGAUCCAACCGCUUCAGCUCUAAAUGAGCUUUCCAGCUUCAUUUCAAAAACGCUCGCAGACGUCAGGGGUAUACAUCUCGAAAUUCCCGUCCCAUUCCAAACAGGGGAAGGUAUUCUACCGGAAUCAAGCCCAGGUCAUUUCGGGAUCGUCCUGGACAGAUUCAUUGCUGCCCUGGUCACUCAGAGCAAGACACGGGAAGCUGAAGGUCUGCGUAGAGCGAAGGAUCAGGUGCUCCUUCCAAAGGACCAGGGUGGAUUGGAACUCGAGCUCUGGAAACCUCUAACUACGGUGGCACGGGAGUCUAUUCUGUUUUGGGUGGAGGCGUGGUUAAAGUCUCUCAGCGCAGCAGAGAAUUCACGGCAGUUGCGUCCUCCAUUGUCAGCAAGACAAUUCGACAUGGCCCGCCGGGGGAUGACGCUGACAGAAAAGAUUUUGGCUCAUCAUGCCUUUGAUCCCAUCCCACUUGAUGGGCUGCGAAAGGGUGAUGUGGUGCGCGUCAGUAUAGAUUGGAUUGUGGCGUCAGAGAGUUCUUAUUUUGUCAGUGCUUUUCCAUUUCCCUUCACUUUCCAGCUGGCAAAAUCAGGAGAAACAAAGACUCUUGCCACCCAUGCCUCCUCAAACGUCAACGAAGAAGCAAAGAGCUAA